GGCGGGUUAUGGAGGGGACUACUCAGCCCUCGUGGGCUCGGCGGGUUCGGAGGAGUCAGCUGAGUCGUGAUUUUUCCAUGUGGACGGUGACAGCUCCGCGCUGACGCACGCGGGGAUUUGCCGCUGGCCCCUCUCGAAGAGCCCUGCUGUGGAGGUGAAUGUGUAACACUGGUUGCCUGGGGAGCCUUGGAAUAGAAUGGCCGUAGCUGGAUGCCCAGAUUACUUUCUUCACCACCCAAACUAUCAGGACAACGUUGACCACACGCCUUCUCAUGGACCAUCUGGUCUUAUUCGCUUCCAGCAGCCAUCCAAUCACAGCUCACCAAAUCACCCAGAUGAUGAUGUAGAUCUGGAAGCGUUGGUGAAUGACAUGACCUCUCUGUCUCCGUACGAGAGCCUCUACUCCAUGUGCAAAACGCAGCACUCCGAAACGGCCCCCCUCCUGCACAACGGCCACGGCAGCGUCCUCCAGAGCAGCAGAGCUCCUCAGCCCCAGCGCCAGCCCAGCAGCCGAGCCGCCGCCCCCCACUCACCUGCUCAGAAUGUCCGCCGCUCGCAGCCGAUGCACAUACUGGCCUGCAUGGUUAGGCGACUGCAAGAGGAGGAGCACCAGAUGCGACCAGCGUCUCUGCCGGCCAUUCCUAACCCAUUCCCCGAACUGUGCAGUCCAGCGGGAUCCCCAACACUCAGCCCAGGUUCACUACCACAACCUGAAGACAGACAUAUCAUAAAGGUGUUUAGUGAGGAUGGCGUUGGGAAGGUGGUGGAAGUUCCUGCUGAUAUGACGGCCAGAGACGUGUGCCAGCUUCUGGUCUAUAAAAGCCACUGUGUGGAUGACAACUGCUGGACUUUAGUGGAGCACCAUCCGUUGCUUGGGCUUGAGAGGUGUUUGGAAGACCAUGAGCUGGUGGUUCAGGUGCAGGCCAGCAUGCCUCCAGAGAGCAAGUUCCUCUUCAGGAAGAACUACGCCAAGUACGAGUUCUUCAGGAACCCUCUGAAUUUCUUUCCAGAGCAGAUGGUAGCGUGGUGUCAAGAGUCUAAUGGCACAAUUCCACCAUCUCAGCUUCUGCAGAAUUUCUUGAAUUCCAGCUGCUGCCCAGAAAUCCAGGGCUUUCUCUACAUGAAGGAGACAGGCCGCAAGUCCUGGAAGAAGCUUUACAUGUUCCUGCGCCGUUCUGGCCUUUACUGCUCCACAAAAGGAACAUCCAAGGAGCCCAGGCAUUUGCAGUUACUGUCUGACCUGGAGGAGAGUAACAUAUUUACUAUGACGACCGGCAGGAAAAUGUACAAUGCUCCCACAGACUACCAGUUCUGCAUUAAGCCCAGUAAGGGCAGAACAGAUGUGAAGGAGAUGAAGCUGCUGUGUGCUGAUGAUGAGCAGAGCAGAACCUGCUGGAUGACGGCCUUCAGAGUGCUUAAGUACGGAAUUCUGCUGUACCAGAACUACAAGAUCCCACACCAGAGAAAAUCUCCCAUCACAGCCUUCACUGCACCAGUGCGGAGUGUGUCCGAAAAUUCUCUGGUUGCCAUGGACUUCUCAGGGAGGACAGGCCGCGUGAUUGACAAUCCUGAAGAGGCAGUGAGUGCAGCAAUGGAAGAGGGACACACCUGGAGAAAGCGGAGUCAGAGAAUGAAUGUAUUGGGCAGCGCUAGUCCUCUGCAUCCCUCCUCUUUAAGUUCAGUGAUCCAUCGAACACAGCUGUGGUUCCACGGUCGCAUCAUGAGGGAGGAUUCCCACCGUAUGAUCAUGCAGCAGGGUCAGGUGGACGGGUUGUUCCUUCUGAGGGAUAGUCAGAGCAACCCCAAGGCAUUUGUUCUCACUCUGUGCCACCAUCAGAAGAUCAGACACUUCCAGAUCUUACCUCAUGAAGAGGACGGUCAGAUUUUCUUCAGCCUUGAUGACGGCUCCACCAAGUUCACAGACCUGAUCCACCUGGUGGAGUUCUACCAGCUCAACAGAGGAGUUCUGCCCUGCAAACUCAAACACCCCUGCACCAUGGUGGCCUUAUGACCCCUCCCCCUCCGAUGAUCCAGCAGUUAACUUGCAGCACAUUAAAAAUAUCCCUACACACACAUGGCUGAGAAACUGGAUUUUUUUUUAUUUUAUUUUUUCUGCCCUGUCCCUCAUUCAUGAUCAUCUGAUACGUACCUCAGACAUGGAGGACAUUUUUUUUCUUUUUUUUUGACUCUGGGAACUGCUGGGAAUGAUCUUACGACAAGCACACACUUUCUGGAAGUGUUUUUCCCUCUCUCAUUCCAGUUUCUAUGACGCUGCCACUGUGGUCCUCAUUUUCCAAGACAAUGUCAGUCACUUUACCUUUUUAUGUCCAAUCGGAGACCUCAGUAACGUUAUUCAGGACUCGUCAGGAGAAACUUCCACAGUUGCAAAAAACAAAAAAAAGGUGUAUCAGAUCAGGACGGCUGUUUCUGUUUGGCUUGUCUUGUAAGGUUACUUGAUAACAACAUUUGGUUUGUAGUUGUGGUGAUGUUUUCAUAUCUAAACAUUUUGCACUCUAAAGUUUAAAAGAGGUGGCCCAAUUUUUUCCUGAGCUGUUAAAACGACCCCCCCCCCCCCUUGUCUGUCCCUGCCCUCUCGCCGUCCUUUCUGUUUCUCUGUGUCCCUUGGUAAGCUCACUAUGGGGAAUCCUUGCGUGUUGAUUGGAUUACAGAACAGGACGUCCACAGAGCCAUGACAGAGCUUUUAUUUGCCAUGGUUGUGCUUGAAAGCCAACGUGCGACAAAAUUAUGGAUCUUGUGUUGAUUGUCUCAUCUGCUUCACUUUGCUGAGUACAAGUAGUUCUUCACUCAGUUCUCUUUGCCUUAAGAGAGAAUGAAAACCUGAGGGCAUUGGGCUAAAGCUGCAGUAACUCAGCCGUGAUCAGUUCUUUCAGUGUAACUGUAGAGACAUUUGGGAUGGUCAUGCUUAGUGGCAGAUUAGGUCACUUGCACAUUUGGCUGGAACAAUUGGGAUUUGAGACUUGGUGGAAGCACACCAUGUCAAUGAAGUCAGGGGGACAAAAUGGUUUACGUUUAAUGAAAGUGCAAUAUUGUUUAAACAGCCUAUGAGGGGCCACGGAAACUUGACCCAGGCCAUAUUUGGCCACCAAAAAACUUGACCCAUGCCCAACUUUGUGAGGUUGGCUACCCUGAGCACAAUGACUGAGAUGAAUUAUAUUUGCCCUCCACUAAGUAUGUAGCAAGUUUUUAUUGUUUUAUUUUCUGUAGAAUUCUGGAUAUAUGUGUUUCCCAACAACAGUCCUGAAGGAACACAAUACUAAACAAUAGGACUUUCUUCUGAACAAAAUAUAUAUAUAUAUAUAUAUUUUUUUAGCAAUCGUUAUUGUGAAACUAGCUUUACCAGUGCCAGAGUGCUGAAUCUUGACCAAUUGCAGAACCAGUAUCUAGUCCCAUGACUUCUGCCAUGUUCCAUUGACACUAAAAAAGGCUACACUAUGAUCAUUACCACUCACUGGGCUGUCCACUGUGGGUGGUAAUGCCUUCUGCGACGUAUGGAUUCAGUCCCACUAUAGAUGAGAAAUUUCCAUCCAGCAUGCGAGUCAGUGUUCCCCCUUACUUAGCCUCACAAGAUAACACAUCACAACCUAUACAGUUGUAGUCAUUCCCAAGCUGUCUCUUAAGGAUAACACUUCAUGAUCUUUACACUUUACACUUCAUACUGCUCUUCUAUGACUCUCGACAUGUCAGUCACGUGUGGUCAUGUGAUCUGUCAAAUGUAAAUGAAUGCAGGCCAGUUUUUGACCAUGUCUGAUUAAUAAAUGUAGCCCCAAGUUUUAUACACAUCACAUUUGUACUAUGUAGGAAUAGGUUUGCUACAUAUUGGUGUUUUUAAUGAUAUUCUGCAGCCCUGAAAGUGCUUAUUUAAUCUAUGAAUCAGGUUUUUAAAGGAGACACCACAGGACUGGAGUUGGGAAACACUGUGGAUUAGCUAGGAAUCAAAAAUUGCCUUUGCAUCACUGUGCUGUCUUUGAGCCACAUCAACAACAUCUGAGAGGUGGCAAAGCAGAAGAAACGUCUGAAAUGUCUGCACACAUAAACACGAACACUGGUGCACACGCUCUGGAGAAGUGGAACGUUCGCAGCGGCAAAACUCCUUGGUGUACGGUAACUGCAAAUCCUUUAGGUUUGCAUGACAUCAUGCGUUGAGGAGAUUUGCUCCUGCACCUUGCAUUACCAGAGAAGGUUAGCUGCACAAGCUUCAGCUUACAGAUGAGCUCAUGCAUGUGUGCCCCCCCCGGUUUUCCCAAGCCAUGCUGUAGCUCCUCCAUGUUUUAAGUCAGUUUGGACACCCUCCCUACACACUGGCCCAGCAAGACUAAGCUACGACAACCUCUCACAGUUCGAUAUGCUAAACUCCGACAGGUGACUGUUCUCGCCGAAGUACACAUAUCUAAUGGACGAGAGAGAGAGCUGAUGGACAUGAUGAUCGGGAGAUGCAACAUGAUCUUCCUUUUAAUAUAUAUACACUCAAGGAAUCCAGAUAACGUUUUCCAGAUAAAGUUUGGGGGCUACAUCAGACAAACAUCUCAGUAUCCAAAAGUGUAAUUCAGCCCACACUUUGGCUUAAUCGUCCAUGCCUGUUUUUUUUUUUUCUUCAGUGUUAAACUUGAGUAUAACUAAGUCGUACUGCUUUGAGAAUUCUUUGUUACACAAUAUGUCACAAUGCUUUUUGUGAUUUUAGUUGACAUCUAAUAAGUUGGAUCAGUAAAGUUGUUUAAAGUUCUUAAGCACCUCUCUCACUCACUCCCUCACAUUUAGCAGGGUAAAGAUUCUCCACAAGGGGGUGCUGUUUGUCCUAAAAAUAAUAUUUGGCGCUACACAUUAAGAAUAGUGUUUUUUUUUGUUGUUGUUUUUUUUACAUUAAAUUUUACACCCUGUACGCUCUUAAAAAAUCUAUGUUACUAAGGGUUCUUUCAGUGCAUUUUAAUGCUUAAAAUGUUAGAGCUUUGUUUUUAAUGAAAGUAUGCACUACACUGUUAAAUUCCUAAGCUCACAAGAGCAUGCCCCAUAGAAUUUUCCCGUUGUUUAUUCAACUAAAACCAGACAAAUCUGACUUUAAAUGUACAAGAUAUGCAGGAAUUGCAGUUUUUUUUUACAAAAAAAAAUUAAAAACGUUUUACUUGAACCUUGGAGGAGGUGAUGUAUAAGAGGAAGCUGAUCAACAAGCUGAACCUGUUAGAUAAUAAAUAAUCUAGCUGUCAUGAAAUGUCGUCAGCUUGCUUUACCCUAAAGUCUUCAGUAUAAACAAAUAGUGCUUGACAUCUGUGACAUUGCUCAAAGAACCCUUUGUAGCGCCCUUAUUUUAAGGUGCGUACUGCUCUAAAUUCAGUUAAACAUUAAAUAAAAUCUGGUUAGUCAAGUUUCUAUUACUAAUAACAGUAUUCACUAUACUCUCAGAAAAGCACAUUAUGACACAUUGUGACCUAUUGUGAAUUCAUCAGGAAAACGAUACUGUCUUAUUGUUAUAUUGCACAGCACUAUUCUAUAGCCACUCUGAAAAUGAUGCAAGAGCUUAUUCCUAAUCUAACUAGCAACAUAUUCUAUUGGCUAUUUUGGUGUUUUUUUAAAGAUUUAAGCACUUCACUCAUCUUUAGGUUUCAAAAAACAGAUAGUGAAGUAGCUGUGGACUUGUGGAAUGUGUGAAGCCGUCGUUCCAUGAUACCCAACUAUAUUGUAAUAUGCAGCAAUGCCAGACAGAUGCACUUCAGGGCAUGUUGCAACAACAGGAGCCAGCGAUCCUGAUGGCAGAACAGAGAAAAGCAAAUUAUUCCCAGUAAUUACUUACAUUACAAAUACAGUAUGCAAUAUGCUCUGCACUACUCUACAGGAUGAGGUGAAGUGUCUAUCUACCAUGCAAAUCCUGUGCAACCAUAUCUAAUGCAAACACAGUUAGCUUCAGCAGCAAUAUUUUUAUUUCUUCUUCUAAGUAUGUGAAGCUUAAGGUCUAGAUUUAACACUGUAUCUAUGCUCUCUAUCUAAAAGUAUGUAAAAGGGUUGGGCUCCCAAACAAAAUGAAGAUUAGAUUAUUACAUGUAUGGUGUGUAUUUCACAUACUCCCUCUCAGUGAUUUGUACAAGUGUGCAUAUUAUAAAUAUAUCCUCUGUUUUCAUUUGUAUGUUACAAAUGUCUUUUUAUAAAGAGUAUAUUAAGCUGAA